UACUGUCACUAUAACGACAUUUUUUCAGGAUUCGUGUGUGAGAGCAAAAGUUUUCAGUGCGACAAUGGAAAAUGCGUAAGCAAAGACCUAGUAUGCGAUGGAGACAAUGCUUGCGGGGACGAAUCAGACGAGAAAAACUGUAAAUGCCUCACAACUGAAUUUGAGUGUCCUACUGGAGAAUGUCUUGGUGUGGAGAAGCUAUGUGACUUGAGAAAGGACUGCAAGGACGGAACAGACGAGGCAAGAUGCGGUAAGCAACAGAUUAAAUAAGGUUAAUUAUUUCCUGGAAUCAGAUUUGUUAUUUUAGGGUGUCAUUAAUAUAGGGCAAAGCUGCUCUGAAGACACUCUUUCUUGCGCUGGAGGUGGUUGUGUACCAUGGUAUCUCACGUGCGAUGGAGAAAAGAACUGUGAAGAUGGAACAGAUGAACCAUCUAUAUGUGGUAAUUUCGCAUUUCUUACAUGUAUUUUUCUUUGA